UGUUUGUAAACAAAACAGUUCUCCCUGUCAGCUCAUGCACACCGUUUUGGAUGGCUGUGCAGAGCACAGCCAUGCAAAGCAGUGUGAUUACAGUGAAGCACAAACACAAGGCCCCACAUUAAAACACACAGCACACAGUUAACCCUUUGAUCACCCCAGAUGUUAACCCCUUCCUGCCCAGUGCCAUUAGUACAGUGUCAGUGCUUUUUAUUAGCACUGAUCACUGUAUUAGUGUCACCGGGGGUGUCAGUGACAGUUAAUUCCCCCCAGUGUCAGAAUGCCUGCCACAGUCCC